AGUUCUUAGUUUGUAAGCUUUAACCGGAAAAAGAUUAUUUUCUGUAGCUUCAUGAGAACGAAUCUAGGCGCAACAAAGAAUUAACUAAGUUGUAGUAUACAUUUCAUCAUUUUUGAAAUCACAAUAUCGCAUUAAUAAUCGUGCGUAGUAUUCACAAACAGUUUUAGUUAACAAAAUCCGAUGCGAUUGUUUAAAACAACUCUCUUGCGAUAUUAAGAAUUGUGUAUACAUACUUUUGUGAAAUAGAAGGCAUCUGCCUGAAUUUAAUAUAAAGAGAGUGAAAUGCAUUUUUAGCGACUGGAAAUUGACUAAAGUGUUUUAAAAUUGGUACACUUAUCAUAAAAAAUGUACAUAUGUAUAUAGGCAUUCAGAAUUUCAGACGACUUCGCAUUGAGUAUUGGACUAAAUGUGAAAAGACAUUUAAUCUCUGAUUUCAAAACGGAGUUUAAAAACGAAAAGAUGAACACAUCGCUAAAGCCGGUGCCUGAGGAUCCCGAAAAAAAAAUUUUGUUCCGAAAGCAGGAACUUAAAACUAACACAGAAGAUAAGCUUAUCUUUGCGGAGAAUGCUCUAAAAAGCCAGAUUCAAAUAAAGGAACAGUUGCGACAACAGCAACAACCAAUAAUGUACACAUCUUCAUCGAACUGUCCAGCUGGUGCACCAGUUCGAGCAGAAUCAUUAAUUCAAUCAGCUAAUAGGCCUGACUACCCAUUAAAAAUUAAUUCGGUCCGGACACCAAAUCAAAAGCAACUGUCGAAUAUGCAACCAACUAUAAGGAAGUCACCCACAUUUUUGGAUUCUUCCUUCUCCAGUUACUUAAACACAAACGGUAGCAUGAUAUCUAUAAAAAGUGAACAGCAACUCUCUGAAAUAUAUAAUUCCCAACAACACUCUGAUUACAUUAUCUCUGAUUAUAUGGACAAAAUUGCAACUCGAAUAAGUUUACUCGAAACAGAGUUAAAAUUUGCAUGGCGUGCAUUGGACUUGCUUUCUACGGAAUACGGCAAAAUUUGGGUCCGUUUGGAGAAGCUUGAAAACAUAUCAAUAGAGCAACAGUCUGUGGUUAGUAAUCUUAUGGACCUUAUUGGAGCAACAAACCAUGAGCAGCAGAAGGGCAAUAUUGAUGUACUGGAAUUUCCUUCAUUUCGCGAUGAAAAUAAGUUGUUACCAUUGGUGAUUAAGGAUACUCUGGGUCUAGACAUAGUCCUAGAAGCCGAACCAUCUAAUCCAGACUUCGAAAAAGAACUACGUUUCAGAGAUCAUGAUCACACAUCAGUAUCUAAGCUUGCGCAGGUGCGCGAUUCUGAUUUAUUUUUCAAUUCAGCUUGUGCAUUUGGUGUUCACGACCCUUAUCUUCAUUUUGAAGAUGAUGCUUUGAAUAGACAAAGCUUAAAUAUUGAGCAAAUGAAGAUGGUUCUCGAAAAACCCGAUGAACCCAAUUCAAAAUGUUUUCAAUCGGAUAUUGAAGUUUCACGUAAGGAAUCAAGUAUACAACUUUACUCAGAUUCUGACGUUCAGUUUUAUGAGAAGCAACAUUUUCUGGCAAAUAAUGCACGCACCGAAUUAAUGAAGGAAUUCAUAAAUGGACGUCGAGUUCUAAAUGAGAUUUCGGAAUCCUCAGGUGUAUCAUCUAAAGGUUCCAAUAUCUCGCAGCAUAAAAGAGGAUCUAAAAAUGACCAAUCAUUUAUGGAUUUUGAUGGUGAUAACAUAAGACAGACAAGCAAUGAACUGGACAACCUUAUCGAAGAUGUUAAGUUUUUUCGUUUAACAGCCUCUAAAACCAGCGAGGGCGGAAUACAAGUACUUCCCAUUGAAGAUACUGGAGGAACGGAAAUUUCAGCUAAUGUAAACGAAAUUAACGAAUCCUUUUACAAAAAACUGAACGAGGCAUAUCGUGAUAACGACUUAAGCAAUGAAAUAUUUAAAGUAGAUGCACUGCUUUAUCAGUCUGAGGUUGCUCACGAAGAACAAUCAAUUCCAACUAUACGUGGCCACUCAGCAUCCUCCUCAGUCUUAAGGACUCCAGAUGAGAGGGACAUUACAGAUGGGCAAUCUUUUGAAACUGCAGAGACCAGUCUCACAAAACAGUCAAAAAACAAGGAGUCAAGAAGGUAUCGAAAAAAAAAACACCAUAAAAACGAAAUGGACAUGAUAAAUAAGCUGAAGUGUAUACUUACACAAGCACACUCAUCUCAUAUUAUUAACGGCGAUACAAAAGAAUUGGAUACAGACCUUGUAGAUAUAGUUACGGGCACGGGUACUGAACAAGAAGAAGUUGGAAGCGAAAAUAUACAUAAUGGGUUAAAAAAUCAACGUUCAAUAAGUAGAAUCACUAACUUUAAUGAUGACAUCCGGAUCAUUUUAGAUAGCAUGACAGAGACUUUAUUACAGGAAAUAAACAAAAUUCCAGGCCUACAGUCUCUGAGUGCUUCGCAUAUUAGUCAGUUACGCAAAACAGUGUGGGCAGAGGAAAAGUUUUUUCAAAAACUUAGCCAAGUCGAUAAAAAAUUGACUCUGCUCUUACUUAACCCCAUAACUGUUACAGAAGAAUUGCAAAGACUUCACAUUACGAAUACAAAUGAAAUGUUUGUUCUGGUAAUGAAAAAAUUUAAAAGAAAUAUUGAUACACUAAAAAAAUUAGUUGGUAGCUCAUUGAACGAUUUUAAAAUAGUCAAAACGUGUGCCAGCAGAUUUUCACCCAAAAGUCUUGAUUCAUCCUUUAAGUCUAAUGUUUGUAGUCUUAGUGCGCAUUUAUUAAGAAAUAAUUCCGAUCUGGAUGAACAGCUUAAGAUUCUCGAAACGCAAGAAAUUGAAAUAAACCGGAAAAAAAAGAUUGACGAAAUUGUAAGUGAACUUAAUGAGAAUGCGCACAAAACAUUCAAUCCCUAUAUUGAAAAUGAAAGCAACUACAGUUAUACCAACUCAAAAGAGGAUUUUAGAAGAUCCACAACAAAUAUUUACAACGAGGAUGAGUACAUAAAAUCAUUAAAAAAGAGUCUGGAACGCCACAACAGCAUGAUUUUUCUACUCCACCUACAAAAUCCUGAGAAGAACAAAGUCUCGUCUGAUAUUAAUUUCACGCAGAUGGACUUGAACAGAGCAAGUCUCAGUCCCCCACCACCAGCUCCCAACGAUAAUUUUAGCUUUAACGAAACCGUAAAUCAAUUUUGUGGUGAAAUAGACUCUCAUAAAAAUGCAAAAUCAGAGUCAAGGCUAUCGUCAAUGAACUGUUGGGAACCCAAUUCCCCAAUUGCAGUUGGAAUGCAACACAGCAAUUUUAAUAAUAUCAUAGAGAAAAGAGGGAAAAAAAGAAUACAAGCAUAUCCUCCCUUGCCUGUAGCUAGUUCAGAUUUUAGAAGUUUACCGGCCACUUAUGAUAAAAUGAAUACUAGUAAAGACAACGACUAUGUAAUUACUGAAGAAAACUUAAACUAUAUUCAAGAGCUUUCUAAAAACUUACCUAUUUGCUCUGCUUAUGAAAAUAAGUCUAUCUUUGAUACAAAUUCCGACUCAGUUGAAACAUUUCCGACUGUUGAUGAAAUUCUGCACUGGGACCACGUCAACGAAAAGGAUAAGAAUAAUGUUUCAAUGGAGCAAUUAAAUACCACCAUUAUGCCAGACCUUUUAUCUGCUCAAAUACGAAAAUCAGCAACAAUCAAUCCGCCUUCCUUUAGAAAAAAAUACCAAAAUGCAAACGGUGGAAAUGUCGAAAGCCUAGAAGAUAAAAACUUCUCAAGAUCAAGUCACACAGAAUUAAAUAAGGAUUGCAAAACAACUCCGAACAAACCUAAUUUGACAGAUAGACUCGUAUUCUAUCCGUCUUAUAACUCUAUAGCCGAUUACAACAGCAUCACAAAUUUAGAUUAUGUAGGUGAACAGAACCAAAUUACGGAUAUAACGGACUCCCAAUAUUUACCAAAUCUAGAAGUCCCACCUGUCCACCUUGAUUUUACUGCCAAUACGAAUUCUGAAGCCCAUCUUUGUGUUAGCGAAAAAAAAACAAGUCAACAGGAGCUCGGUUUGAAUCACCGUAUCCAUAUUAAAAAACACCACCACUCAUAUGCUAAGUCGCCAAAGGUAUGGAAAAAGCUAAAUAAUAUCUUAACUGAUAAUUUAAAGCUUAAGCGUAUGUCGAAGUUUAAUCGAUCACAGUCAUUACCCGGUGAUGUGCAAAGUCAAGGUAAUCAAAGUCAGGGUCGCGGCCAGGCAGGUUCGUGUCCGUCUAUUUCUCGCAAGCCACCCAAUGCAAGCGAAAGGCAGAUUAAUUUAUCGAAAAGAGUACAAAAGCUGCCGAUGCGAAUUGUGCGACGACUGUCUCACCCUAACACCACUGAUUUAUUAGAUCCUGCUGAUCAUGAACCUUGCUCAAGUGAUACAGGUGUAUAUACAAAUUAUCUUUCAUCUAAGAUGAAUAAUCUAAUGCAAAAGGCGAAGACUUACAAACGGCAUAACUUUGUCCUGCGCCGCGGCUGUAACUUGCCGAAUACUGAAUUAGACACGCCAGACUUUACAUCAUCGGAUAACGGUAAAAGCUCUACAUUUAAAGGUAAAAUUGUGAUAAAUAACUACGAGGAUGGUGUUGAUAAAAAUUUAAAUGACCAAAACGACUAUGGUAUUAAAAAGGUGUUAAGUGGCAAUGAAUUAAAUAAUUUAUUCCCUGUUGUCGGGGAUCUUAAAAAAACUCAAAGCCCCAUAUCAGUGGCUGGCUCAACAGCAAUACAUAUUUCAGAGCCUGCAAAUAAUAAAGAAAUUGUCAAUAUUAAAAAUGGGACUAUAAAAAUGCCAGAGAUAUUCUUGGAAACGACAUCACAGUCGUGCCUUCAAAAUCUCAACUCAGUCUACACGGAUGACAUCGGCGAUGAGAGUAUACUUAGAAACUCAGUCAACAUUGAUGUAAACGUCCCCACACUCAAUAUAUUUAAAACCAUUGGAGAAGUUGGAGACAUAGCAAUAACUACAUUUCUAACAACAACAACAACAGCUACCACAACUAUUGCCUGUCGUAGUCUUAGUAGCAGCGGUGGUUUGUUGGUCACGCAGCAGUGUUUGGACCUCCCAAACAAAUAUGAGUAUGGGUCGCGGGAUGAUGACGAUAACCGAAGUCAGCACUCUUCUCGGACGCUCUCUUCAUCACGUCGACAAAGCACUGAGGAUAGCAUCGACACAGAUGACGAAUACUUUUAUUAUGAGCUUCGUCAGCUAGAGGAACAGGAACAGCAACGAACAGAAAGUUCUGGAAUUACAUCUUCCGAAAGACUGGAAGAUAAUGAGGUAUUGUUUUCACAGAUAGGACUACUUCUCCAAAACGACACUUUUCGGUCUUUUGAUGUCUGUAAUGAUGUUGAAGAUAAUAUGAAUUAUUCUCCGAGUGAAAGUGUAAAGUUAAGGAUGUCAGAAGUAUUUGGCGAACUGAAAAGUGUAGUUAAGUUACAUCCAGAGGUAUGUCCUUACAGUGAGAUACACACAGCUUUUGAAGAUAUUGUUGAUGCGAAUGCUUUUAAAAAACCGACAGGUGAAAAAUUUACGACAGUCUGUGACAUGCAUAAAGCUUGGCAAGAUUUAAAUGUUGAUUUAAAAACAAGCGAAAAAAUUCCGAAUUUAAAUAAUAAACAACAAAAAUCGCGACGAUUAGAAAAGAAAACAUUCGAUAGAAAUGUAAUUUCAUCUAACGACGAAGCCAGUUCAAGUUCUUCUAGCCAUUCUGAAAAUGAAUGUGUUGAAUGUUCUCCAAAAUUAAGCGCAGAAAUGAAAUCUUCUGCAUCUAGUGAGACAUCCGGGCCAGAUACGCCUAACGAGAUGAGCGAUGUUGAGAUAAACGAAACUGAAUGUAGUUCAAAGGCCGAAGUUGAUUUACAUAAUCUAUAUUUGCAUGGCAAUCUAUCCGAAAUUCAAAAUUCAAUACUUGAAUUUGAUAAAGAUCACACCAAUGAGGAUCAGAGUAGUACUCAUGUAUUAGAAAGUAUAUCAAACGGAUCAGUCCAAUCCCCUUUUGAGACAAAAAAUGUAAUUAGUCCUAAAUCAGAUGGUGAUGGAUCUCAGGCGGUAGGCAGUAACGGAUCUGCCGCAGGUCUUGGUAGUAGCAAAUGGAAAUUAUUGAAAACUUUAAAGGAGCGAAAGAUCGAGGAGAAAAAUAAUCAAGAAAAAAUGAAGGAAGAUGAAAUAACAAAGGACAAGGAAAAGAAUGGUGGUGGCAAUGGAGAAGUCGGAAUACGCAACAAUGGACAUCCUGGCGAUAAUCCCUUUUAUAGCAAUAUUGACAGUAUGCCGGAUAUACGUCCUCGUAGAAAAUCUAUUCCCCUUGUGUCGGAGCUGGUUCUCAAGACAAUGGCAGCUACAAAACGAAAUGCAGGGUUAACAUCUGCUGUUCCACGCGCAACACUUAAUGACGAAGAACUGAAAAUGCACGUAUACAAAAAAGCUCUACAGGCUCUGAUUUACCCUAUCUCUUCGACUACUCCACACAACUUUUUAUUAUGGACGGCAACGUCACCAACGUACUGCUACGAGUGUGAGGGUCUUCUGUGGGGAAUAGCACGACAAGGAGUUCGAUGCACAGAGUGUGGUGUAAAAUGUCAUGAAAAGUGUAAGGAUCUAUUGAAUGCUGAUUGCCUUCAGCGAGCUGCCGAGAAAAGCUCAAAGCAUGGCGCGGAGGACAAGGCUAAUUCGAUCAUUACAGCAAUGAAAGAACGCAUGAAGCAACGUGAGCGGGAGAAGCCCGAGAUAUUCGAGUUGAUUAGGAUGACAUUCGGUGUGGAUCCCGAUACACACAUAGAUUCAUUAGAGCAGGCUGAGCACGCAACUGUUGAGGGAACAUCUAAGUGGUCAUGCAAGUUAACAAUUACAGUGAUUUGUGCUCAAGGCCUGAUAGCGAAGGAUAAAAGCGGUACCAGUGAUCCAUAUGUGACGGUGCAGGUUAGCAAGGUGAAAAAACGAACGCGAACAAUGCCGCAGGAACUUAACCCUGUGUGGAACGAGAAGUUUCACUUCGAGUGCCACAACUCUUCAGACCGUAUAAAAGUUCGAGUUUGGGACGAAGACAACGAUCUUAAGUCUAAACUUCGUCAAAAACUGACACGUGAGUCUGACGACUUUUUGGGACAGACAAUUAUCGAGGUUCGUACGCUUUCUGGUGAAAUGGAUGUAUGGUACAACUUGGAGAAACGUACAGAUAAAUCUGCCGUAUCAGGUGCGAUUCGGCUUCAUAUAUCUGUUGAAAUAAAGGGCGAAGAGAAGGUAGCUCCUUAUCAUGUGCAGUAUACUUGCUUGCACGAGAAUCUAUUUCAUUAUCUUUGUGAAGAAAAUAGCGGAAUGGUUAAGUUGCCAACUCAAAAAGGUGAUGAUGCUUGGAAAUUAUAUUUUGAUGAAAUUCCUGAGGAGAUUGUGGAUGAGUUUUCUAUGCGGUAUGGGAUCGAAAAUAUUUAUCAAGCUAUGACGCAUUUCCAUUGCCUAUCUGCCAAAUACCUUUGUCCCGGAGUACCAGCUGUUAUGAGUACCCUGUUGGCAAACAUAAAUGCAUAUUACGCCCACACCACCGCUUCUUCAGCUGUGUCGGCUAGUGAUCGAUUUGCAGCCAGCAAUUUUGGGAAAGAAAAAUUUGUAAAAUUGCUGGACCAGUUGCACAACUCUCUUAGAAUAGAUUUGUCAAUGUACAGAAACAAUUUUCCUGCAUCGAGCCCAGAAAAGUUGAUGGAUCUAAAGUCGACAGUUGAUUUAUUGACCAGCAUAACAUUUUUCCGUAUGAAAGUACAAGAGCUAUCAAGUCCGCCAAGAGCGAGUACGGUGGUCAAGGACUGUGUUAAAGCAUGUCUUAGAUCCACUUAUCAGUUUUUGUUUGAGAACUGUUAUGAACUUUACAACAGAGAAUUUCAGGUUGAUCCCAACGAAACAAAACGUGCACCAGAUGAUCAUGAGCCUAAACUGGAUAGCGUCGACUUCUGGCACAAGUUAAUAGCUUUAAUAGUAUCGGUUAUAGACGAAGAUAAAAAUAGUUAUGGAACAGUAUUAAACCAAUUUCCCCAAGAACUGAAUAUUGGCCAAUUAUCAGCAUCAUCAAUGUGGCAUCUUUUCGCUGUGGACAUGAAGUACGCACUUGAGGAGCACGAGCAGCAUCGACUAUGCAAGUCAUCGGCUUAUAUGAACCUUCACUUUCGAGUUAAAUGGCUAUAUAGUAACUACGUUAAAGAGGUUCCUCCUUACAAGGGUGCAGUCCCCGAUUACCCGGCAUGGUUCGAGCCUUUUGUGAUGCAGUGGCUGAACGAGAAUGACGAUGUUUCAUUGGAAUACCUUCACGGCGCAUUUAAGCGAGACAAAAAAGAUGGGUUUCAAAAGAGCAGCGAGCACGCACUUUUUUCGAAUUCGGUAGUCGACGUUUUUACGCAAUUAACGCAGUGUUUCGAUGUUGUUAGCAAACUCGAGUGUCCUGAUCCUGAAAUUUGGAAGCGUUACAUGAAGCGUUUUGCUAAAACAAUUGUAAAAGUGCUCAUAGCCUAUGCGGAUAUUGUCAAAAUAGAGUUUCCAGAUCAUAUGAAAGAUGAAAGAAUUGCUUGCAUUCUUAUGAACAAUAUUCAACAACUAAGGGUGCAGUUGGAAAAAAUGUUUGAGUCCAUGGGAGGAGAUAAACUAGAGGAGGACGCAGCCAACAUUUUAAAAGAACUUCAACAGAACCUUAACUCAGCGUUAGACGAUUUGGCUUCACAAUUUGCUAUCAGUUUGGAGCCGAGAAUAACACAAUCGGUACGAGAGCUAGGUGACAUGCUACUUUCUAUUAAGGGCGGCAGUGGGACUCUUGCUGCUGGUAAUCUAGCGGCUCAAAGGAACGCGGUCGCCGUAGAAGCUGAUGAAGUUUUAAGGCCUUUAAUGGAUUUGCUCGAUGGUUCUUUAACUCUCUAUGCCCAAUCGUGUGAAAAAACCGUGCUGAAGAGAUUACUAAAGGAGUUAUGGAAGAUCGUAAUGCGAAUUUUAGAGAAAACAAUUGUUCUACCACCAAUGACUGAUAAAACUAUGAUGUUCAAGCACCUUACUGACAAUGCUAAAAACUUGGCAUCGAAUGCAAAAAUUGAAGACAUGGGUCGAUUGUUCAAGUCACAUAUGGCAGGAAAGCAGGAUGUCAAAAGUGCGCUUAGCGGGGUAAUGGACAUAUCAAAGGAAGUCGAAAAAAAUUUGUCGCCCAAACAGUGUGCCGUGCUUGACGUUGCCUUAGAUACAAUUAAACAAUAUUUCCACGCCGGUGGAAAUGGACUUAAAAAGACGUUUCUUGAAAAAUCAUCAGAGCUGCAAAGUUUACGUUAUGCACUAAGUUUAUAUACGCAAAUGACCGACACACUAAUCAAAACGUUUAUAUCUAGUCAAAUUCAUGAAGUUGAUGCUGAAAAUUCAGAGGAAAGUGUUGGCGAAAUUUCCGUACAAAUAGACCUAUUUUCCCACCCAGGAACUGGCGAACAUAAAGUGAAUGUGAAAGUUGUUGCUGCAAAUGACCUUAAAUGGCAAAUACCUUCGGGUAUGUUUCGCCCGUUUGUUGACAUUAAUUUAAUUGGACCACACUUGCAAGAAAAAAAACGAAAGUUUGCUACUAAAUCGAAGUCAAACAAUUGGUCUCCUAAAUACAACGAAUCCUUCAGCUUUACCAUUGGAAAUGAGGAGCAACUAGACUUUUUUGAAUUGCACAUUUGCGUUAAGGACUAUUGUUUUGCACGUGAUGAUAGACUUGUAGGUGUGGCCGUUAUUCCAUUAAAAGAUAUAUCGGAAAAGGGUUCGGUCGCAUGUUGGUUACCCUUGAUGAGACGCAUUGAAAUGGACGAGACGGGUUGGACCAUUUUAAGGAUAUUGUCACAACGUAAUAAUGAUGAUGUAGCCAAGGAAUUUGUAAAGCUAAAAUCAGAAAUACGCCAGGAGCCAACAAUGGGCACAUAAAAUUAGCUGCCGUUAUUACCAAAUCUGCAGAACUAUACCAACAAUAUUAGAUAUUACCAAAAAUAUUUAAGUUUACAAAUCAACUGUAUUCUUGUUUACUUUCUAGGAUGUUUCCGGAUUAUAAUAUAGAUUAUAAUAUUCUCAUAGAAUAAAUCGUACAUUAAAUAUGCAAUAUAAAUAUAAUUUAACUCUAAACACAAUAUUUGUUAUGACGUAUGUAAACAAAAAAUUUGUAAAUUAAUCAUGUUUAAAAAUGGCCUAUCUACCAGUUUAUUAUGUCUUAAACAUGUCUUAAAACUAACAUCUAUUUUCUAUAUCCUAGCUAAACAUGUUUAAUUUUUUAACAUAUUAAUCCGUACUUAUGUACAUAAUGCAAGCCAACCGCUGAUGUAUUUAUUUACGUAAUCAAUUGUCACCUGUACAUUUAAAAGUGACUACAUGCACAUUCCUAUUUAUGUAAAUAUGUACCUGUAUAAAUAAUUGGAAAUUGUCGAAACAUUUGUUAAAGAUACUUCGCAUACACAAUAAGUCCAAGUGAAUCCUAAUUUUUUUCUAUUGCAAUAAAAGAUACAUAGUA